AAUAUUUUCACUUCCUGUUUAUUGUCAAGAGAGAUUUCCGAAGAAAAUAAUCCUCAUUUACCAGUCUUUUCAGACGCAAUACCUAGUCCUGUAUGCGAAAUAACAAUUGUAGGAUAAAGAUAAAAUACCUGGUCGAAAUUUCGUCAUUAUUUAUACACACACAGGCACAUAGAAUGUCUAUAAAAACAGCUGUUUCUCAAAGUCACGUUAUAAGUUUUUCAACAUGCUGAACCUAUAUUUCUUGUCAUAAUAAGAAUAUUCAAGGUUAUCUUUGCACUUAGAGCUCACAGAAAAUAAACAUUAAUAUGGCAGGGACUGUUGAUAGAGGAACAUCAAUGGACCACAGUCAUCUGUUGGAAAAGGAAAGUGAUGCUAGGAUUAAGUUUGAGAGGGCGUGUCAACAAAUAGCCCUGUUAGAUCAGAAAAUAAGAGACUUGGAAGUUCGUUACAAAAGGGCUGUUAAAUUCAAGAAGAAUUCCUUUCGGUAUAAUUUAAGACUUCGUCUUUCUGUCGUAACAGGUGUUAAAAUGAUGUAUCAUCAUUAUGCAAGCACGAAAGCCGAGGAACUUACAAAGAUCAGAAGGCAAAUUAACGAUGCUAAUGUUGUGCCAUCAAGCAGUGCUAGUGCUGUAUUCACACCAAGGGAAAGCAGCAGUUUUAGAUCAGUUGGUGAUUUGCAAAGAACUACAUCAACCUCAGCAGCAGAGCCAGAUCAUCAUUGUGACUAGCUAUAGGAAUAGGAUUCUAACAAUUACACCAAUUUUUGAACUGACAUUAUGUGCAAUUUACAGACAUUUUCAAAUGUGUAUUUAAUUUUAACAUUUUUGUCAAGUUAAUUCUCUUUCUGCACAUCCUUUGCACUAAAAUGUGUGUAAAUGUGUAAAGAUUUCUUUUGAUCUUAAAAUGUGAACGAACAACACCCGAAACACACAAAAAACAUCAUAAAGAGGUCUACACUACAUGUACAUGCAUGGUCUUUAACAGAAGUCCGGUGAUCAAGCAUGUCAAUUGUUGAAAUUCUGUAUAUGCAAUCAGUUUCUUUUACAUGUCUUACAUGUAAUUAUAUAAUCAUAAAUAAACAUGAAAAAUGAAAAAUAGUUGCAAAUAAAUUAGACCAAGACUUUCUUUUGUUCACAUUUGUGAAUCUGGCAUAAUUUAUAAAUGUAUGUUCUUAUUUUAAUAGAGCUUUUAAUAUGUCUCAGGCAAUCAUCUACAUGUAUUGAUCAUGUUGAUGGAAACAUAAUUACAUAAUUAUUCUUAUUUUAUGUUUUAUUUUCUUUUAACAUGUAACAACUACCUACAUCAUGUACAUGUAAUACAUGCUUUGUUUGUACUUCUGUAUUAAAUUAUUAUAUUAUUUCUAAUAAGAGGCUAGGAUUGUUCCACAGAAAGUGAAUUAAAUAAAUGUACAUGUAUGAAGUCUGCAUAAAUUUGUAUUAGUACUUGCAAUUGCAAUGGAAGUUUACUGUUGUAUGAUGAAUUUUAAAAAGUGUUUUGUAUGUAGCCAUGAUCAUGUUUAAAAAAGUUAGGUAUAUCAUUUACUAGAUAUAUCCCAAAGUUGUUUUACAAUUCUAAAUGUCUUUUCUGUUUUCAUUUGUUUAUUGAAUCACUUUCAUAAAUUUUUCUAAUACAUGUAUGAUGUACACUUUAGGAAGUGUUUUUUUUUGUACAAUUGUUACCUUGUUCAACUUCAGUCAUGCAACUAGUUUCUGCUUGUUUAGUUUUUUUUGAGAAGUGAAAAACAAUUUUUCCUCCUUGAUCACAGAACUGUGUUAAAGACGAAAGAGUCUGCUGCUAUGAAUGAACUUGGAAAAUCUAUAGUGCUACAUGUUAAUGGUGUGUCAAAAUUUCAUUAUUACUGUUCUUGAAAAAUUAACAUGUGCAAUUGUACAUACAUGCAUGUAAUUAGAAUGAGUAAAAAAAUUCAAAAACUAAAUUUUUUGAAGACUGUAAGGUUUAAGAUAAGUGCACUGAGCAGGUACAUUUUUUGUACAUGUACCUAUUCCAAAACCUCUAAUAAGCAUAUAUAUAUACA